CUGAAGCACCGCAAAAAAAGGCCUCAAUACGAACAAGCAGAAGAAUUCUUUGCAUCUGAUCCCAUUAAAAUUAAUGGGCCACCCCCACGUAAUUCAAAUAUCCGAGAACGACAAACAGUGGAAGAUUUAGAGGAAAUGAUGGCUAAUAAUGAGCCAGUACUGAAAACAAAUGCAGAAAGAACUCGAGAUGACGUGCACUUCUAA